AUGAUCCCCAACCAGCUGAGGGUUGUCUCUCCAAGGUCCAGGCAGGCAGAAGAGACGAUGGAUGGCAGGACGGGCUCUGAGCAGGACAGAGACUGUGCCACUUCAGGGCACAGCCAGGGGCUGAAGUCGGAGCCCUGUUUCCAGACUGACUCCCUCUUGCCUUCUGCCAGUGCGUCCCUGAUAUCACAGCUCCUCAGCCACCCGGUGGUUGGCAGGAGCCUGGAUCCCGCCGUCCUUUUCCUCUCCUCCCAGGCAGUGGCCCUGCCUCAGGACUAUGAGUGUGGUGCAUCUACUGGAGAAGGAGCGCAAGCCCUCCUGGCUUUUCCCAGAACCUGUGCCCCAGCUCCCAUGCCCUGUGCUGGCGACAGGGACCAGCUCUCGGACCAGCACCUACAAGCCAAGCGGGCCAGGGUGGAGAGCAUCAUCCAAGGCAUGAGCCUCCCACCAACCCCUCAGGCAUUUGGCACCAGCCUGGAGGCAGCUUUUGGGCAUGAAAGGGAGCAGGGUGGCGAGAUGGCCCGGGAGAGCAAGAGGAAGCCAAGAGUACCCCAGCAGGGCACAGGGGUGGCCAGGCGAGUGACCCUUGUGGGGGGCAGCCCCCAUGCCAAUGGCUACCAGCAGCUGAAGGAGCAGCUCUGCUUUUUAGAGCAGCAGCUGAGGUGGCUUCAGGAGAAGUUCUCCCAGGUCUGUGACGCUGGGGAUGCUGCCCAAACCCAGGAAGGUGCUGAGAAAGUGCAUCCACUGCCUAGAAAGCCUGGAGACAGACUGGACAAGGACAAUGCCACUGCCACCAGUGACCCAUGCAAAGCACCUCUCUGGAAGAGUGUCCUGGAGGUGCAUGGGCCGGAGGAGGAUGAGGACAGAGGCGACACAGGUGCCCUGCCCUCGGCAGUGAGGGUCCUCUCACAGGCACUGAAGUACGAGCUGGCUGGGGUGACGUCCCGGGUGGUGGACUCUGUCCUGAAGACUGUCUGGCCUAAGGCAGCCAGCCACCUCCUGCAGCAGCACUGCAGCCUCCCGGUGCAAGGGCCAGAUGCCAGGAGAGAGUAUUUUACUGCUGGGAAAUGCAGAAAGCCACUUGCUAAGCCAUCUCCCAUGAACGCACAGGACUCACUGGGCUCAUCCCAGGCUGAGGCCCUGUCAGGAGCGUUGGGGAAGAGCCCAGGCUCUCAUGCUAGCUCCUUCAGUUCAAAGGGGGUCAGAAAACCCUCUCAGGUACCCAACAUGGGUUAUUCACUGGGCUCGGCCGCUCCUGUCCAGGACAGCCAGCUGCUGAGCCAGCUGCUGGGCUAUGGCCAGCACGGCCUCUGGGGCAGCGGGUCUUGUGGGAGCCCCUCUGCUCCCGAGAGAGGUCCUCUGGAGCCCCUUGACUUGCACUGGGGAGCUGUCAAACUGAGGUCAUCGGUCAUGAGACAGCAGCAGCAGCAUCCCCUGCCGCUGAGCCCUGCUGAGAUGGAGAGCCUGGCGCUGCUGCCGGCUGGCAGGGAUGGCUGCGGGGAGCUGCAGGCUGCGAUGGACGAGGCACCCUUCGCCUCCACCCAUAUACAGGAGGCGCUGACCCCUGGCCACCUGAAGAAGGCCAAGCUGAUGUUUUUCUUCACCCGCUACCCCAGCUCCACUCUGCUGAAGACCUACUUCCUCGACGUGCAGUUCAGCCGCUGCAUCACCUCCCAGCUCAUCAAGUGGUUCAGCAACUUCCGUGAGUUUUACUACAUCCAGGUGGAGAAGUUUGCCCGGCAGGCCCUGCUGGAGGGCGUCGUGGAUGCUGGCACCCUUCGGGUCUCCCGGGACUCAGAGCUUUUCCGCGCCCUCAACAUGCACUAUAACAAGGGGAACGACUUUGAGGUGCCCGGCCGGUUCCUGGAGGUGACCAGCCUGACGCUGCAGGAGUUCUUCAGUGCUGUCAGGGCGGGCAAGGACGCCGACCCCUCCUGGAAGAAACCCAUUUACAAAAUUAUUUCCAAACUGGACAGCGACAUCCCGGAAGGGUUCAAAGCCCCUGGCUGCUCCCAGGAGCUGCUCCGCAGCUGA